AUGGAGUUACAAGAGAGCACGCAAAGCACAGUGUCGGCCCCAAAUGAAAUUCAGGCCAACCAACCACAGGCGCUUCAUUAUGCUUUGGCCAAUGCCCAGCAAGUCCAGAUUCACCAGAUAGGAGAGGACGGCCAAGUUCAAGUAAUCCCACAGGGUCAUCUCCACAUAGCCCAGGUGCCACAAGGAGAGCAGGUCCAGAUCACGCAAGACAGCGAGGGUAACUUGCAGAUCCACCAAGUCCAUGUUGGGCAAGACGGCCAGGUGCUUCAAGGUGCCCAGCUGAUUGCAGUUGCUUCUUCUGAUCCUGCAGCUGCUGGUGUCGAUGGAUCCCCACUUCAGGGGAGCGAUAUCCAGGUCCAGUACGUCCAGCUGGCCCCAGUGACAGAUCACUCCGCUGCUAAUCCAAACACAGACUCCCUUCACUCAGCCAUCCCGCCAGAAAUGCAAAUAGACCACGGAGCCAUUCAGAUUCAGUAGGACAAGGCGACACGUCCGCCACUAUGUCAGCUCAUGGAUGACAGCUAAGGAUUCCGGUCGGUCGCAGAGCAAGCUCGUUGCUUCUGCUCAGCUGCAGGAUGUUUCCUGGACACUUCCUGGACAUAGGAGUGUGAUCUGUCUCCUCUGACCUGGUUUGUAUGGAACCACACGCUGAUUGUUUGGACCAAAACGUGGCGCCGUGGAAUUGCCAUCCUUCCACUCCGUUGCAAGGCUCCUAGGAUACGUGGUUUAACUGGGGGUGGGGGGGGGGAAAAGGCGAGAUCUAGCUAACUUUCAUUAACCCAACUAUUUUGAGUGAUGUGAUGAAUCACCACUUCUCCUCUGUGACUCAUCCCUGCAACUAUCCCUAGACAUCUUCUCGGAGACAGGGUUUUCUUGCCAUGCAUACCUUGUUACUCAGAGAGAAUCAAGAGUGCAAAUAUAUUUUGCUGUUGAAAGAAGUUUUUUUUUUUUAAUUUGCUAUGUUUAUAAUAACAAAGAGAGAGAGAUGUAUUUAAAAAAAAGAAAGUGGGAUGGAGGCAGGCCCAUAAUCAUAAAUGUUAGCUUCUUUUGCUGCUGGUUUUCUUGUUUCAGUGUAAUCAUAAAAAAAAGGAGAGAGAAAAAAAACAUACAAAGAGAAACUUUGCCUCUUUUGGGGGGUGGGUGUUCUUGCAACUACUUUUUUUAAAGGGGAAAAACUACUAUCCUCCACUGUAAUUAUGCAUUUCUAACAAAAUAAAUGUGUAUUUAUGAAGAUCA